AUGACUAAAAUUGGUAGUUGUGGGAAACGAAAGUCAAAUCAUGACGAUAAAUUAGUUAGUAAUGCUAACAGCUCUACAAGGGAUAUCCUUUGCAGCGAAGAGGAAUGUCAGCAGUCAGAAGGAAAUUGUGAAGUAGAUAAAACCGACGAUUAUGACAAGUUGGAAGUAAACAUCGAAACAUUAAUGCCAAAGCAGCUUUGUCGGACACGUGGAAUUAGUGGUAGCAGCAGUGAAAGCAGCAGUGAGAAGUUCAAUAAUACAAGAGCUGACGAAACUUCUGUUAGAUCUUUAAGAAAGUGGUCAAGAAAAAGUUGCAUUAAUGCUACAGAAGAAAAAGAAAAGAGCGAACAAAAUGUGAAAGAAUUGACGAGUCGUCAAAAGUUCUUAAAACUUUGUAAUAUCAAAAAUCAAAGCGAAAACUCUGAUCAGUUUGGCGUUAUCUCGUUUGCUUAUACCAGAAUCAAGCCAAUCAAUUAUAAGCACAUGCAGGAACUCAGUUUUCGUGAUUUAAUUUUAACAAGUGUGAACAGUGCUUCAUAUUCAUCAGAGGACAAUUCGCAGUUUCUUAAGUAUUCCGAUGGCGAUAACAAGAGAUCGCGCACAAUGUAUCCAUGUGUUUCUGCACGAUGGUAUGCAUCAUCUUGUGGCAGGAUUAUAGACAGAAUAGAAGAAGGACCAUCAUUACUUCAUUCAACAAUAUAUGGUUCUGAUAGCAAUGCAAAUUCAACCGAAUAUGAUCCAAAUCUUAUAGCAAAUUUUGAUUGCCGCACUCGAAAAACUGUGAUGAAGUUCAAUGGAUAUGUGAGUAUAGUAACGCAUUAUCAGCCAGACAGUGAAGUGAAACGUUUAGUGAACGAAGCAUUUCGGUCACGUUUUCCGCAUGUUCACGUCUCCUUUAGCAAAAUUAAAAGUAUUAAGCGAGAGCUUCACCAAAUAGCUGUUGCAUGUAAUUUAGAAGAUGCUACAACGGCUCAUGCCUAUGUUUUCUACGAGAAAGUACUCUUGAAGGGAUUAGUGUGUAAAAUGAAUCGGAAACUGGUAGCUGGAGCAGCUCUUCUUAUUGCUGCAAAAAUCACUGAUUUUGGAUCAACAUGUAUUUCUGACGUUGUAAACUAUUUGGAAUCAUCAUUACGAAUCAGUCGCAAAGAACUCGUGCGAUAUGAGAUACCACUGUGUGCAGCACUUAGUUUCAACUUGAGGGUACCUGUUUGGCAGCUUUUACCGCAUUAUCAAAGGAUCGUCUUGACAAUGUUAUGA